CCAUGCCAACAUACCAGACGCUUUCGAAUGAUUGAAGAGAAAUAACGGGAGCUGAAAUUUAGAAAAUAUUCUAUAUUAUCCAAGAAUUGCAACAUGGACCUGUCUAUCCGGGGAGGACCGACACCCCGCCAGGCUCGGGUCUCCAGCGCUAAGGGGAAGAAACCGAACAAGACGAGUGGAUCAUUGUACAGCACACCAGAUGCGCCAAGACAAGGAGGUCGACCUCCUGCCGGCAAACCACAACAUCAACAUCAGGGCACUGGUAUAACCCAAUCUCAGAUGGAUAAAUACACGAGACCAAAGAGCCAUGGUCCAAAACCAGACAAUGUACCAUCUUUAGACCUGGCUCGACUUGCUGACUAUGACAACACAUUAUCAAAACCUCUUGAGGACUAUGAGGAAAAGAUGUCCAUUCCAGAUACAGCUAGCACUGUCAGCUGGGGAUACCAUGACUACAACCCAAAACCGUCGGGAAGGAACAGCGCCCUCAAAACCCCUUUUGCACUCCAUCACACACCUGACACCCCACUGUCAGCUCAGAGUGUGUCCUGUCGGCCGGCCAACGUUCCUAAGCUGAAUGUAGGGAAUAAAGAAAAGGUUAAAGCAAAGGUAAGUCAGGCUGUCUGAUAGGGUCCUUUGGUCCAGUGGUUAGAGCAUUGGACUCAUAAUCACAAGGUUGUGAGAUUGAAUCUCAACACUGCCAUUGUCUCCACUUUGAUAAAAAGGCCCGAGAGUGAUAUCUGUUGUCUAUAACGUCAGCCACUAUGACUGAUUAAAGGUAUAGUGUAUGAUUGGUUGAUCUCAGACAAGGUCAGUGAAUCAAUUGUAAAGAUAUUAUUUUCAUUAAAUAUCUAUAUCAAUGCUCUACUUUAUCACUCAAAAGAAAUUGGUAUAACUCUUCUUUUUUCAUGAUAUUGAGGGGUGAAAUAUAUAUUAUAAUAUAUCGUUUAACCGAUAUAUUUUGUUUCCGCCCUCUCGAGUUAACAAAUAAAUUGAUAUUAGAACACCGUUCGAAUCAUGCAUAUUCAUUACAACCUCAUGCAUAUUGAUGAAAACGUCAUGGCGCAUGCGCCGUAUCAAGAAAUCCCCGUAUCAACAAAGUGCAGCGCUGUGUGCAGAAGUAGCUGAGUAGAAGCAAACACCGAACGUUGCGUGCAAGCUCAAUGAGCCGAUGCUAGCCGGCUAGCGAUUAGUCCACGUCCUGGACGAUUUUUAUUGAUUGGGCAAACCAGGGGCAAACCAGGGGCAAACCUUAUCGGACCGUACCGGUACCCCCACGCGCACACAUAACCAACACACACACGCCCUCCACUGAUUCACUUACCCCCAGUGAUUCACCUAACCCACUGAUUCACUUUCCCCGAAAAAAAAUGUUGUUUCGUGUGACUAUUCAGGGGGUGUGUGUAUGCGUGUUAUGGGGAUGUAGUGUGUUGUGUUUGGUAGUCGUAUCGUACAAAAUACCAACAGUCCAGGAGGUGGACUAGCUAGCGAUAUGCUUGCGCUCUGCAUGCACGUCUACUUUAGACAUAAUCCACUGUUAGCGAUAGCACACACUGGACAAGCAUAUUAUAUGGAGCUAUAUAGCUCCAUGAUUGAAUCGUACGUGAAUAAGGAUUCAGACACUUGGGAUUAUCGAACGUGAAUGACGAAGCAAAGGAUUGCCCAAUACGGCUUACUUUCGGAAUAUAAUGUCAUGAAUCUGAAAGUACUCCAAGACUAAAAGAGAUACGAGAAUCCCAAAGAAGGGCAAGGGCCGAGUUUGAUUUGACGGCCACCUCGCUCUUUGCGCUCGCAUCAAUAUUGUUAGGUAGAUGACAAUCAGAGAUAUCUAUGAUGACAAUCCUGUUCAUGAUAACCAAAAGUGCUUAGAAUGUCAGAAUUUUAGUUCAGAAUAUCAAUCACUUUUUAAGCCCAAGUGAUUGAUAUUCUGACCUAAAAUUUUGACAUUCUAAGCACAUGUGGUAAUCAUGAACAGGAUUGUCAUCUAAUUUUAACUAAACAAUAUUGAAGCAAGCGCAAAGAGCGAGAUGAAAAACUUUCAUAUGUAUAUAUAUAGACGGCCACCCCCAUUCUGUCUAGGGCCGAGUAUGAAGAAAGGGAAGGGCGAAGAGAAAAACGAUUAUUUUCAGGGCGGGAUACAAAAUAGUCAAACAUAAAAGGAAGAUAAAAGUUGAUGGGACCAUGGAGGACACACAGUAUUGACAUGAAAGUAGGAUUAUUCUUCGUUGUUUAGACUGAACUUGCGAGGUCAAAAGGUGAGCUGAGAAAGCUGUUGAUGCGAAGUAUGUAGCGUAGUCUACAUCGUGUAGACCGUGACAGUGUGUGUAUCCGACCAAUGCAUCAAAUUUAGAAUACAGUGUUAUUUGGUCAAUCUUUACAAGCAGAGCAGAGGCGUCAUGAGCCAAAGCAAAAAAAAUUAGGGGGGGGUAGACGUAAGGGGCAAGAUUUCUCGGAAAAUUCUUAUUCUUGCAGCCACACAAGAAAGCUUGUAGCUAGAUGUGGAGUAAUGAGAAGUUGAGUAUAUUCAAUAUGGUCUAUGGUAGAACCGUUGCGCUCUAGGUAUGCAGAGGGGUGAAUUUCGGAGCCGACCCCGGGGGCCGACCGGCAUGUUUUACAUCAGAACUUUACAAGUCAUGCCGUUUGAAACAGGGCAACGAAGUACGUGAAAGAAGACUAAGCAAACUUGGAGAAGCAACGUCCGAGGGGAUAGUAAUUUACGUCUGCUUUGAAACGUGUAUCACUUAUUUCCAGAGAAUGGGUCGCAGAGUAUUUCUCCAGUAUGGGGAGGGUGGGGGUAGCCUAUAGGCCUAAUCAAUCCAUCAGUGGAUGGAUGGAUGGAUGACUGAAAGAAUGAAUAGAUAGAUGAAUAGGCAUAUAUAUGAAUGGAUCAUCCGAUGAAUGUAUAGGCCUAACCCCAAGAAUGGAUGGACAAAGACAAAUGGAUACCAAUGACGAAUAAUAGAUAGGGGCGCCCCAUGGGAGCUGUUGUUGAAUGGGCUACCCCUUAUUAAAUAAACAAUAAACAAUUAAAAAUAGAUGGAAAGAUGAACUUUUAUUGCAACAAAUGAGAGGAAGAUAGGCCUCCGGGAUACACGCAUACAGUGUGUGCACGAGCAGUUCAACUGUUGAAAAAAUGUGAAUGACUGUGGUGCGUGGCGACGUGAGCAGGACAAAGACAUCACUCACAUCUUGAUUGGCAUAACGUAGACUUAUUUAGCAAUGAAAGUGGAACCGGGAAUUGGGACUCCCAUUUUCCUGCUAUAAAUAUAGGAAAAACGAAUGAUAACUGUUGUUUUAUAGCCGAGGAAAUGUAUUCUUCAUAUUGGGAUUGGGACCAAGGAGAUCCCGGCGUGUCGAAAUUUCACAACUCAUGGGGAAAAUAAUAUAAUAAUCAUUUUUGAUGAUUGAAAAAAAAUGUGCUCAGUUCACACUGUCACAAUUUUUUUUUUGGUGGGGUUACCUGCAG